UCUCUAUUAGCCUCCCUCUCUCCUCCUCCUCCUCCUCCUCCUCCUCCUCCUCCUCUCUUUCAGCAGUGGAGAAUCGGUGAACGGCAGCAGCGGCAGCAGCAGAGUCACUCAGCACGCCGACGACUCGCAUGAAAACACUCUGCGGCGAGCGCACAGGAGUUGACACAAAACAUGGGGAUCCUACCAUAAGACGUUUAACCAGGAUGGACUUAUCGGAUGUAUUCACGGCCACGAUUCCGGCCAGUUGGCCGCCAAACUCUUCAUUGGAGAACCACACCUCCUUCUCCUCCUCCUCCUCCACGAGGUCUCCUCCUCUACCUCCUCACUCGCAGGUGGCGUCGGUGUUCAUCGUGCUGGUGGUCACGGUCAUCAUUCUGGGGACCGUGGUGGGUAACGUGCUGGUCGUGGUGGCGGUGUUCACCAGCCGAGCCCUGAGGCCGCCGCAGAACCUCUUCCUGGUGUCUCUGGCAUCGGCGGACAUACUGGUGGCGACGCUGGUCAUCCCCUUCUCCUUGGCGAAUGAGGUGAUGGGCUACUGGUACUUUGGGUCCACCUGGUGCUCCUUCUACCUGGCUCUGGACGUCCUCUUCUGCACCUCGUCCAUCGUCCACCUCUGCGCCAUCAGCCUCGACCGCUACUGGUCGGUCACUAAAGCCGUCAGCUACAACCGCAAACGGACGCCAAAACGGAUUAAAGUGAUGAUCAGCAUCGUGUGGCUCAUUUCCAUCGUCAUCUCCUCGCCGCCGCUCCUCAUGUCGCACAAGGACGAGGAUUUGGGGACGGAGGAGGAGGGCGACACGCAGAGGCAGGAGUGUCUCCUGAACAAUCAGACGUGGUACAUUUUGUCCUCCUGCCUCGUGUCGUUCUUCGCGCCGGGCGUCAUCAUGAUACUCGUGUACUGUAAGAUCUACCGCGUCGCCAAGCAGCGAGCGUCCACCGUGUUUGUGGCGAAGAACGUGCUGGAGCGGCAGCCGUCGCAGUCCGAGACGUGCUUCGCGGGCACCACCAGGACUGGCCAGAGAAAGGGAGCCGGCUGCGGUAUCUCCCAGUACGAGCUGGAGAGCCCGCGGCCCGCCAACCGCCACAGCUCCUCCAACAUGGACAGCAACAGCAGCCGCAGAGGAGAGCUGGACGACAUCGACUUGGAGGAGCGAACGUGCGACGCCGCCGUAAAAACAACCUCCUCGUUUUCGCUCCGCUUCCCCAGGAGAGCCGGCGGGAGCGUGAAAACGGAGGAUGCAGAGGGACAGUCUAACAGGUUGAAGCCUCCUCUUCCUCCUCCGUCCUGCGCCUCCAUAUCGUGGGCGUCCUCCGAGAACUGCUCCCACCACUUCCUGCUGCCGUCGCCGCUGCCGCUCCGCAGCCGGCAGAUGUCCCUGUCCAAGAACAAAGUGGCUCAGAUGAGGGAGAAGCGCUUCACGUUCGUCCUGGCGGUGGUGAUGGGGGUUUUCGUCCUCUGCUGGUUCCCGUUCUUCUUCACCUACAGCCUGCAGGCCGUCUGCAGAGAGAACUGCACGAUCCCCGACACGCUCUUCAACCUGUUCUUCUGGAUCGGAUACUGCAACAGCUGCCUGAACCCCAUCAUCUACACCAUCUUCAACCGAGACUUCAGGAGGGCCUUCAAGAAGAUUUUAUUCCAGACUCACAAACGGACAUAACAAGUGAAUGUACAGUGGGAGGAACAAGUAUUCAACAUUUUCCUCUUUAUUUUCGGUAAACAUGUUUCUAAUGCAGAUAUUCAUAUGAAAUUUACACCAGACAUCGAUAUUAACUCAAUAAAACUACACAAAUAAAGAAAUCAAAACACCACAAACCAUAAAGAUCAGAAUGAUCACCUCAUGGUUGUUUGCAUCGGUGCACCAGUCAAGUUACAGUUGCAGUUUCCUUCCAAAUGAGUGAAAACACGGACGCUUCACACACAGACGAUCUCUAAAAUCAGCAAAGUUUACAGAUCAGAGUCGCCAGUUCAGAAUCUGACCGAAUUUCUCCCCUUCAGUUUCUGAGAUAUGAUGCUGAGCAACGGACAGAAAAGUCUUUUGCAGAACAUUUUGAUGUCACAGUUGACAAGGUAGAAGGUAGAUUUAUUGCUCAUUACUGAAGGUCGGCCCAUCCAGCGCAACAGCUUGAUCUGGGAUGUUAGGGGUUAACCAUGUCUCUGUGAAGAUGUGAUCAGAGUCUCUGAUUUGCUGAGUGAGCCUCAAUCACAUCUCAUUCACUUUACUCUCCUGUGAGCGGACAUUAGCCAGAAGAAGGCUUGGUGGAGGAGCAGCUCAAGGUCCAAGUCGGGUCAGC